AUGGACGUUUUACCAGACAUCGACGAUUUUGAUCUUGAUCCCGGAUCUGACCUCCGCUAUGAUCAAGAUGAAGAGGAACAAAUGGAGAUUAAUGAAAAUAGGGCUACUAUACCACCAACAUCAGCUAUCAAUGCGCUAAAUCGAAUUGACGGAAGAAAUUCAAAUUCUGUUGUUAUCCGGAAGCCUGAAGAUUUUCCACCAGAUAACGUUUUUGUUCAUCCAAUUGAUUGGCAUAUGCGUUUCCCCGAUUAUUCGGAACUCUCGGCGCUACAUAGAGCGAAACAACGCGCACGUGAAGAAGCUGUUGAUCGAUUGGCCAAUAAGAUUGAAGAACUACGAACUAGGAAAGAAACUCAGAAAAACAGAGAUCAUGACGGGAUCAAUUCGGACAUUCACUUUGAACCAAUGGUGUCGGACGUGGACAGUAUCUGUAAGUCGGAGAUAUUAUACGAGCCUCCGUCUGAUGGGACACCUUGGAUUGGUGUCAGCACAGCUUGUAAUACUCGCAGAUUGUAUAUACGCAAAAUUCCAAAGAACUCACUUAAAGAAAAGUCAAUCAAUCGGAGAAACACUGGAAUUUUCGAAACCAAUACCUUGAAUAAGCUAAUUCUGGAGGCAAAUGCUUUGAGAGCAAAAAAGUUGCCAAGUGAACCUUCCCACAGCAUUCUUCCGGAAUCUUCGCCUCAAAGUAAUAACAAAACGCCUGAAGGCAGCUUAUGGGUUGAUAGAUAUCGACCCAAAACCUUUUUGGACCUUCUUUCCGAAGAUAGUGUAAAUCGGAAUGUUCUAACUUGGGUCAAGCUGUGGGAUGAAUGUGUCUUUAAUCGAUCAGCCUUAUCUCAUCUCACCCAUAUUCGCGACAAGGAAAAAGUUUUAUUAGAAACAGAAGCUGAAAAGCCUCAUCGUCCAAAGCAUAAGAUACUUUUGUUAGCGGGAUCUGCCGGUGUUGGUAAAACAACACUAGCCACCGUCAUCGCUCAACAAACUGGCUAUGACAUUGUUCAUGUUAAUGCCAGUGAUUCAAGAAACGUUUCUGACUUAGAGAAGCUUUUACGAUCAGUGGCAGAAACAAAAAGGACUAUCAAUGGAACAAAACGACCACAAAUUUUGCUACUCGAUGAAAUUGACGGUGCUCCUGCUGAUGCAAUUAAUUGGUUGUCUAAAGCGAUAACUGCAAUAGGCAAGAAGGCGUUGCGUAGACCAAUCAUUGCUAUUUGCAACACUCUUUAUUCAUCUAACUUGCGAGAGUUACGGCAGCAUGCGGCGGUUAUUUUAGUGAAUCAUCCUCAUGAAACCAUUCUAGCUGGUCGACUUGAGAAGAUUGCGGACCAAGAAGAUGUGUUGAUAGAUCGUCAUUGUAUUGAAAAAUUAAUUGAGUGCACGGAAGGCGACAUUCGAUUAUCGAUUAAUACUCUACAAUUUUUGAGUCGAAUCACAAAUCGGGAUGAGUUCAUUGGUGAAGACGAUGUGAUAAAGGCAUGCCAACAAAAUUCACUUGGAAAUUCUAACCUCUUUGAACAAUGGGCAAAAUUUUUGGACUUGAAUCGACACUAUGACAAGCGAGGAAUUCUCAUGUCCGAGUCAACGAGAUUGAUCACCGUGGAAAAGGCUUGGAUGAUGGCCGGUGAUCAACGCGAACGCUUCGUUUUAGGUCUCCAUCAUAACUACACAAGGCACCAUCCGGCGAAUUCGUUCAGCAAAAUCUCACAAGCCAGUAAUUGCUUCGUGUUUUACGAUUCAAUCAAUCGAGUUAUCCAGGAAAAACAAAAUUAUGGACUGUCUCGAUAUUUCUACAGCUUUUAUUCCCCGCUACAUCUGUUAUUGACUACUCAUUCGAAAAUUCAACUUCUUUAUCCACAAAUUGACGCAGCUGCUAAAAUGAAAGCAAAUGAGGAGUGUCUUCGUUCAAUUCGUGCAAAUAUCCUUGAGACAUAUCGGCUGCCACUCAUUCUUGAAGUAUUGCCGUUAGUUCUCGUUAUAACGCAACCGACAUUCAAACAGGCAAACGUUUCGCUGAUAUCACACACUGAGCGACGAGCGCUUUCAAAUAUUUCCCAGAUAUUGGUUCAAUUUGGAAUCACAUUCAAAGCCUUCUCAGUUCGUGAUCAAAUUCAAUGGCUAUAUGACCCUUUGAUCGACAGCAUAUGCUUAUUUGAACUUUCAAAUAAAUCGAAAGUUGUGUUGAACAACGCAUAUAGAGAAGAAAUCGCUCGAUUGGUGAAACAAAAACACGUUCGUUUGGAUGAGCUGGACGCUGAGAGUGCAAUGAUAAUGGAUAAAGAAAACCUAGAAACACCGUCUAUCAGUAAGGAAAUACGUAAAAGAAAAUGGAGGGAUUUUGCGACUGAAACGACACCAAAAAUGAUUAAGUCGAUUUCAUCCGCCAAUAAAACGAAAGGAGUAUCAUUUGCUUACAAGCUAACUCCCUUGAAUGCAGUCAAAACGAAAGAAAUGAGUCAAGUACGCACAUAUUUACUUCAAAGGAUUUUUAGAAAACAGGCACUCCGGCUUUUAACAACAAAAAAGAAACCUUCAAAUAUACGAAACAUUGGAAUAAUUGCACAUAUUGACUCGGGAAAAACUACGAUCACAGAAAAAUUUCUUUAUUUGGCAGGGAUGAUAAAAUCGGUAGGGAAUGUUGAUUCAGGAACAACUGUAACAGAUUAUCUUGACAUUGAAAGGGAAAGGGGCAUUACUGUACAAUCGGCGGUUGUUCACUUUGACUGGCAUGGCCAUAAGAUCAAUUUAAUUGAUACUCCUGGUCAUGUCGAUUUUACGAUGGAAGUUGAAAGGUCUUUGAGAGUUAUGGACGGAGUUGUUGUCGUUUUAGAUGGAUCAGUCGGUGUUCAAGCCCAAACACUUACCGUCUAUAACCAAGCGUCAAAAUUUAAUCUUCCAUCCGUUUUCUUUCUGAACAAAAUGGAUAAGAAAGGAGCUGAUGAAAAGAAAGCAAUUGAUUCGAUAGAGCAGAAAUUGGGAGUAAAAACAAUUCUGACAUCAAGCCUAGUGAGAGAUGGGGGAAAAGUUACUGGUAUAGUUGACUUAUUGAAGAAGUCAUGGCUUGAUGUGACAAGUGAAUCUCCACGAUGGAUUGCGAUUGAUAAAAACACGAGAAUUGAAGAAGCCUAUCUACGAGGUCAUGAAGAAAUGUUAUAUUCAUUAGCUGAUUGUGACAAGGAGUUCUCGGACGAAUUUCUUGAUAAUAACUUUCAAAAUAUUAAAGCGAACACAAUUUAUGAAGCAAUUCUUCGUGUCACUUUGAAGAGAAUGGGCAGUGCCGUGUCUUGUGGUAGUGCGUUGAGAUGGAAUGCAAGCGUUAGCACAGCUUUGGAUGCGGUGGCGAGCUUUUUACCAAACCCUGAAGAGGAGCUAAACCUUUCCGAAUACUUCGAGGAUCAAUUGAGCGCUCUUGUUUUUAAGGUUACGCACGAUAAACGAAAAGGCCCGCUUAGUUAUCUGCGUGUUUACACCGGCAGUUUAAAAAACAACGCAACUAUUUUUAACGCAACCCGCGGGCAAAACGAAGGUCCGGCCAAAGUAUUUCUACCGUAUAGCGAUGAACUUACGUCCGUUGAUGUUAUAACAGCGGGUAAUAUUGCCGUAGUAUCUGGUUUGAAGAAAACGAUCACCGGAGAUACACUAUUAGCCACCGAUUUACUUGGGUAUGAAGCAGCAAAGAAACAUCAUACCAACCGAAAAAUUUCACAAACAAUUUCGCAUGACAGUCACCGAAAACAAGCUCACAAUGUUGGACUCCAUAGAUUAUCGGUUGUAAAAAAUGUGAAAAGUGACAAGAACGUGCUAACAAUGACAGGUAUUGAGACUCCAGAGCCCGUGUAUUAUUGCAGUGUUGAGCCACCUUCAACCAGCUCACAACAUGAAUUCGAAAAAGCGCUCUCUGAACUUUGUGUCGAAGAUCCGUCUAUGAGAUUUCGAGUCAGUCAAGAAACUGGACAAAUGAUCAUCGAGGCCAUGGGAGAAUUGCAUCUGGAGGUGAUUAAAGAUAGGUUCUUGACGAACUAUGGUCUAAAAGUUUUCUUGGGCCCAUUGCAGAUUGCAUAUCGAGAAGUGAUUUUAAAUGCGGCGUCACGCUCGACGUCAGUUGAAGAAACUUUGAAUGGCAGAAUACAUGCGGCGUCACUAAAUUUAUCGAUAUCUCCGAGUGACGCAAAGUUUAAACAAGUUUCGUUAAAUUUGCCGAAAGAUCCACCACCCCUUCCUCCGAGAGCUGAAUGGAUUCAAGCCAUAAACGAGGGUUGCAUGAAUGCUCUUCAAAAUGGACCACUACUUGGAUUUCCAAUUUCCAACGUUUCGAUCUCGCUUGAUGGAUACACAGUCAGUGGUGGAAAAAUUAAUACAGCUUUAAUAUCCGCAUGUGCAAAUCGUUGUGUCAGCGAAGCGUUGGACGAAAGUGGUGUUCGACUUGCGGAACCUGUGAUGAAAUUGGAUAUCACUGUACAAAAUCUUGACUCUUCGACACCUGGUCUUCAACCAAUUCUGCAAGAACUUAGCAAACGAAGGACUCAAAUUAGUGGGGUCACUCCGAUCGGUAACUCGACGACAAUAUCUGGUAUUAUUCCAUUAGCGGAGAUGCCCGAUUUAGCCUCGACCAUAAGAACUUUGUCAUCUGGAUACGCUUCACUACAUGUUCAGGUCCACGACUACCAAAUGCUCAAUGAACACGACCAAGAAAAAAUUAUUAGAACUAGUGUACAGAGAAUGUUGCGAUAUCUUUCUCUCGGCCGACUGUCAAAAGAGAUCUCUCGUUAUCACUCCCAUUAUGUUGGAAAAGGUGUCCCAACUCUGGGCAUUCGACGCGAAACGAUUAAUGCGUGGGAAAGGCGUGCACCAUUGGCACCAGUACAUGUGAAGAAGUUGACAAAGAAAGGCGUACGAGUGCUGAUUCAACCAAGCAACAGAAGAGCUUUUCCUAUUCAGGACUAUGUGGCCGCUGGAGCUUUAGUGAAGGAGGAUUUGAGCGAGGCGCAAUUGAUUAUUUCCGUCAAACAGGUUCCCAUUGAUCAACUGAUUCCCGAGAAAGCCUAUGCUUUCUUUUCGCACACGAUCAAAGCUCAACAGGACAAUAUGGCCAUGCUUGACACCAUUUUGCAAAGGAAAAUUCGGCUUAUCGAUUACGAGAAAAUCGUCGAUGAGAAGGGGAAGCGAAAAGUUAUGUUUGGAAAGUGGGCUGGCCAUGCUGGUUUCAUUGAUAUUCUUCAUGGACUUGGUCUUCGAUUGCUUGCACUUGGGCACCACACACCAUUUUUGCAUCUUGGCUUGGCGCAUAACUAUUCGGAUAGUCAUAUGGCAAUCAACGCAAUUCGUGAUAUUGGAUAUGAAAUCGCCUUGAAUAAAAUGCCUCGGUCUCUUGGUCCACUCGUGUUUGUAUUUACCGGCUCUGGAAAUGUAUCGCAAGGAGCCCAAGAGCUUUUCGAGCAUCUGCCCCAUGAAUUUGUUGACGUCGCAACAUUGCCUAAAGUUGCGCAAAAAGGACAGUUGAACAAGGUAUACGGGUGCGUGGUGACAAGAGCUGACCAUAUGGUUCCCAAAUCAAAUGAAGGUGUUUACAAUAAGCAAGAAUUCGAAGAACACCCAGAGAAUUUCCGGUCUAAAUUCGCCACGGAGAUUGCUCCAUAUGCUUCGGUGAUCAUAAACGGUGUUUAUUGGGGUGUCAAUACUCCUCGAUUGCUGACUAUCCCCGACGCAAAGAAUUUGCUGACACCUGUAAAUAAGUAUGACAUGCCUGGUUGCCCCUCUCUCCCUCAUCGUUUGAUUGCGCUAUGUGAUAUUUCGGCCGACCCUGGUGGUUCUAUUGAAUUUAUGACCGAAUGCACAACGAUCGAUAAGCCCUUCACGAUUUACGAUGCUGACUUCAACACGAGCAAGGAUGGUUUUGAUUCCAAAUCGGGCUGCCUUGUAUGUUCGAUUGACAACAUGCCGGCUCAAAUGCCUGUCGAAGCGACUGAACAAUUCGGAAACCUACUGUUUCCAUACGUUAUCGACAUGUUGAAUUGCUCAACAGAUUUGCCGUUUGAUCGUCUUCAAUGCGCCCCCGAAGUCAAACGAGCCAUCAUUACAAACAAUGGCGGGUUGACGCCCGAUUUUGAAUACAUCGCUGACUUGCGAAAACAAAAAGCUUUGAGCUCUUCGCAUAAAACAAGAGCCACGGGUGUCAACGAGAAAAAGGUCCUUCUUCUAGGUGCUGGUAUGGUCUCAGGUCCGGUGGCUGAUUUCUAUUCCCGACAAAGCAAUGUUUCAUUAACGGUAGCUACAGAAUCGUUGGCUGAUGGUCAAAAGCUUUGCACAUCACCGAACAUCUCAAACAUUGUUUUGGAUGUCAAUAAAGAACAAGGAACCCUUUCUGAUCUUAUCAAGGAACACGAUUUGGUAGUCUCGCUUCUUCCUUUCACUUUCCACACAGCGGUUGCGAAGAUGUGCAUUAAACACGGAACGGAUAUGUGCACCUCUAGCUACGUGUCGCCCGAACUACAAGAACUUCACAAAGCGGCCCGUGAUGCUGGAGUGACAAUUAUGAAUGAAUCAGGUCUCGAUCCCGGCAUUGACCACAUGCUUGCCGUUGACUGUUUCGACAAAGUGCAAGAACAUGGAGGAAAGGUCACCUCGUUUGUUUCCUUCUGCGGAGGUCUUCCUGCACCAGAAGUUUCGGAAAAUCCCCUUCGUUACAAGUUCAGCUGGUCACCAAAAGGAGUCCUCAUGGCGCUUUUAAAUCCCGCACGUUAUCUGAUGGAUGGCAAAAUUGUGGACAUUCCAGCCGGAAAAGUUGUCGACAGUCUCUACCCGAUCGAUUUCAUGCCAGGCUUCAACCUCAUCGGCUAUCCAAACCGUGACUCAACAAAGUAUGCUGACAUCUAUGGACUGGGCUCUGAAUGUAAGACACUUUUACGUGGAACACUUCGCUACAGGGGCUUUGUUGAAACGGUGAAGGCUCUGGAAGCGGUUGGUUUACUCAACUCGAAUCGCUCGGAGAUCUUUAAUUCUACCGUCGGACCAGAUCUCACUUGGAAAGAACUUAUGGCUAGUCUGCUAAACCAACAACCGGAUAUUUUCCCCGAAUCUUUGAUUAAUAUUGCUACCGAGCGUGUUGGAAAAGAAAAUCCGGUUGGUAUGCGCGCUCUUAUCGAACUUGGUUUCUUCUCGGAUAUUGUUGGAGAGCGCCAUGGAUCGGCUAUUGAUACUCUAGCGCCCUACUUGGCCAAGGUCCUUUCUUUCCGUGAAAAAGAACGUGAUUUGGUUCUUCUUAAUCACGACAUCGGUGUGCAGCUUCGCAAUGGUGCAAAAGAAAGACAUAGAAUCAGCCUUGUUGCAUAUGGUGGAGAGAAUGGAUUUUCGGCAAUGGCUCGCACCGUUGGAUACACUUGUGCCAUCGUUUCGCACAUGAUUCUUGAGGGUGAAAUCCAAAAGGGAGGCGUUCUUCGCCCAGUCAUCAAAGAGGUUUAUCGACCAGUGCUCAAACGCUUGGCAGACUUCGGAAUCUCAGCCACCCGCACCGUCACUCCAAUGUCUGAU